CUCAUUGAAUAUCAAAGUUUUUUAUUGUUAACAACAACAGACAGGCUCUUUGACUCGUUUAUAGGUUAUGCGGAUGAAGUAACUGCGAUGGCACAAGGAUUGGUGGUUGAAUUCGUCUUUACAAAGGUUUAGGAAAAGAGAGUUUAACUCCAACAGCAAAUUCAUAAAAACAACAUCCUUACUGUGUAGCCUAUAAACUGAUUGGCGACUAAUGGAUUUUGACAAAUUAUUUCUAGAUUCUCUCUGCACAAAUAAAACCCCGACUCCUUGUAAGCAUUUUAUGAUUAUACAACCAAACUCAGAUAAUCCCUGAUAGUGUUUCGAUGCAUAUAUAUUCGAAUGCAUAAUCACAUGAUGAAGCUUGUCACCAAAUGGUUGCAAUGCAAGCUCAGAAGACUAACUAUCAGUAACAAACGAAUGAGGAAGGUUUUAAGAUUUAAACCCAUAUAUUCUUGCUCUAGCACUGAAUUGUGUGAAAUAAUUUGGUUAAACAGUUGAUUAUACAAAAUUCUAAACUAAAAAAAAAAUAUCAACCUUUUAGUCUUUUGUCAUAUUUCUAACGGACAUAAUUAAAUUGACAAAAAAGUAGAAAAUGAAGAGUUCAAUCACAAGAUACCAAGAUAUUGUGAAUUUUCAAAACUCUACGUCCUGUAACUGAAGCUACAAUCAAUAUUAGCACACAAUCAAAUCAAUAGAUUACUCGAUAUUAACUAUUACUACGGAAAUUAAAUUAAUUUGUUCUUCAAGGAUUACCUGGGGAUUCCUUUCGUGAGAUCCAACUGAGCAUCUUGUGGACCGUACUCUUCUCCAUCUUCCGAUGCGCCGAUCACUUGCCCGUACUCUUUGAAGCUCUCAGGUGUUGCUUCGAGUGCUUUCAGCUUCACCGCAACUGGGGAUUCUCUCACAGGUUCCAUUUCGCUUUAACACGAAAAUAGAAAAUAGGAAAUAGGAAAUUUUAACGGCUAAAUAGCCUUAUCUUAUUCCCUAUUCAUUACAAAACGGCAGCGUAUUUAUAAGGGUUUACGCCGAUCUGAUAAACCGGUGCCGUUUCGACCCCUCUUAGGGUCCGUAUCUUUCUCCUCCCCUUUGGAGUCGUCCCGGCAAUGGUACCGGCGUCUCUCUCUCUCUCUCUCUCUCUCUCUCUCUCCCUCCCUGCUUGAGAAAAAAGCAGAACCGAUGAAGAUGCUAGAACAAUAAACCCUCAAAAGUGGAAUCAUGAUGAGUUCAGCACAAAGUGAAGCUCAGUUGCUGAAAACCUUAACAGCAAUACUGACCUCGGAGAAGAUGCCGUUAAUGGAGGGAUUGACACAGUACAUCCCACAAAUCUCACAGUCCCUACUCCUCUCUCUUCUCUCAUCUCCAUCACUAUCUAGCCGACCGAAUACACUUCUUUCCUUCUUCAACUGGGCUCAGUCUUCUCUCCCUUCCUUCCCCUCCGAUUCCCCUCUCCCCCUCCUCUACGUCCUCCCUCCCCUACUGUCCCACAACAAGUUCUCCGACGCUAAGUCUCUUCUUCUCUCCUUCAUCCGCUCUGAUUCAUCCCUUUCUCUUCACCGUUCCCUCCUUCACCCUGACCUCCGCAUUUCCCAGCGCCCCUCCAAAGCUCUCCUUGACACCUCCGUAGGCGCCUACGUCCAGUCUGGGAAGCCGCACCUUGGGCUCCAGAUCUUUAAGAAGAUGCGGCGGAUGAGGCUUAAGCCAAACCUCCUUACCUGCAACACUCUCCUCAUUGGAUUGGUAAGGUACCCCUCUUCCCAUUCUCUCUCUUUUGCUAUGGAAGUGUUCUCUGAUAUGAUUAAGUUAGGGGUUAAACCUAGUGUCAACACAUUCAAUGUUUUGAUUCAUGGGUUUUGCUUAGUGGGUAAUUUCAAAGAGGCUGUGGAGAUGGUGGAGAGGAUGGUGGGGGAGUUUGCUGUUAGUCCUGAUAACGUCACGUAUAACACCAUUUUAGACGCCUUGUGCAAGAAAGGAAGGUUGAGUGAGGCCAGGGACUUGUUGUUGGAUAUGAAGAAUAGGGGACUAGUGCCCAAUAGAAACACUUAUAACAUUUUGGUUAGUGGGUAUUGUAGGAUUGGGUGGUUGAAGGAGGCCGCCAAGGUAAGGGAGUUGAUGACGCAGAACAAUCUUUUGCCUGAUGUUUGGACUUAUAACAUGUUGAUUAAUGGGCUGUGCAACGAAGGGAAGAUUGAAGAAGCCUUGCGGUUGAGAGAUGAGAUGGAGAAUUUGAAGCUGUUGCCUGAUGUUGUUACUUACAAUACUCUGAUUAAUGGGUGCUUCGAGUGGGGUAAUAGUUCAGAGGCUUUCAGGUUGAUUGAGCAAAUGGGUGAGAAAGGAGUAAGACAGAAUGCAGUUACGCACAAUAUAGUAAUUAAGUGGCUUUGCAAAGAAGGGAAGACAGAUGAAGCUGCUAAACAGGUCCAGAAGAUGGAAGAAAGUGGAUCCUCACCUGAUCGUGUCACAUACAACACUUUGAUAAAUGGGUACUCUAAAGCAGGGAACUUGGCUGAAGCUUUCCGGAUGAUGGAUGAGAUGGGCCAGAAAGGUUUCAAGAUGGAUACGGUUACCCUUAAUACCGUACUCCAUACACUCUGUGUGGAGGGAAAUCUUCACCAGGCAUACGAGUUGCUGAGCACUGCCAGCAAGCGGGGUUAUUUAGUUGAUGAGGUGAGCUACGGCACUUUGAUCACAGGAUGCUUCAGGGAAGAAAAGGUAAACAAGGCUCUGAAACUGUGGGAUGAGAUGAAGGAGAAAAACAUCAGUCCUAGCAUCAUUACUUAUAACUCUUUAAUUGGAGGGCUAUGUCAGUCAGGAAAGACUGAAUUAGCAAUAGAGAAGUUGAACGAGCUUCUUGAAAAUGGUUUAGUUGCAGAUGAAACUACAUAUAAUACGAUUAUCCACGGUUACUGUAGGGAGGGGCUGAUUGACAAAGCUUUUCAAUUUCAUAAUAAAAUGGUUGAAAAUUCAUUUAAACCAGACGUGUUUACCUGUAAUAUUCUUCUUGACGGGCUUUGUAGAGAAAGGAUGCUGGAAAGAGCGCUUAAACUCUUCAAAUCAUGGAUAUCUAAAGGAAAACAUAUUGAUGCUGUCACUUACAAUACAAUGAUAUCAGCCCUCUGCAAGGAGAGGAGAUUUGAUGAAGUGCUUGAGCUUGUCUCUGAUAUGGAAGAAAAGGAACUGGGACCUGAUCAUUACUCAUAUAACGCUGUUCUUGGUGCGCUGGCUGAUACUGGUUAAUUAGAGGAAGGAGACAAGUUAUUAGCCUAAAUGUUAGAGAAGGGAAAAUUACACGAUCAACCCUUGCAGAUAGAAAAGAGGGAGAAUGUGAUGGCAAGUUCGGUACCAGAAGAAUUUGAUCCUGACUCCAUUGCAUAUACAGAGAAGAUUAGCGAGCUGUGCACUCAAGGAAGAUACAAAGACGCAAUGCAAACUGUUGAAGAACUGACACGGAAAGGCAUUUCUGUAGAUAAGUCUACCUACAUUGAUUUAAUGACUGGUCUUAUUAAACGGAGGAAAAGCAUAUCAAAAGCUGCGGGGUAGAAUUCAAGCCUUUUUUUCCUUUGACUCAAUGGUGCCAAAUGGAGCAAGCUUCAUCAUGGCUUUCGACAUUAAUUCAGUGGCAACGUAACCUAGUAAAGAGCUCAGAUCUUUGUUUGGACUGACAGGUAGUCUUGAUACUCCUUUAGAUGGUCAAUGUAAAGGAGCUCGAAGAGGCGAAAGAACUCGUACUUUCAGAUGCUUUGCUUACAUUGGUUGCACGCCAAACUGAGGUUCGACAGUAACUCGGAACCUGCAGAAUGGGUGCUUGAGAAGAAAUUUCAAGGGGCAAAUAUGCCAACAACAUCAAGGCUGAGUUGUGUAAGUUCUCGGUUUGGAAUAAAGCACACACUAUUGAAGAGAGGAUAUGGCCAUCUUCAUGAAAUUUUGUAUAGCAAUAAUUCUUUUGAUCUAAAAUAAAACAAAAUACAGUUGAAGAGUUGAUCAUGUACAAUAUACGUCUGAUUUUUA